AUGGACAUUGAACAGGACCGCCCGGCUAAGCGUCAACGUAUUGGAAAAGCCUGCAAAUCAUGUCGCACAUCCAAAGCACGCUGCGAAGUACAACCCAACGCCGACGCUUGUCAUCGAUGUCAAGUACUCGAUCUCGAAUGUGAACUGCCGAAACGUAGCUCGAAUCGUGUUCUGGCGCCUGCUCCUUCUGACUCAGCCUACGACAAUGAUGUUGAGACGCGGCUCAAACGCGUCGAACAGAUGAUUGCCAAAUUGUCUGAAGCUGUCUUUCCUCAUUCUGGAUCAAAUUUGAAUCAAGUCGAUGGCAAAUCGAAUAGUCCCGACGCUCCUGCAGAGGGACGUGACCCGGACACAGUCAUCGCACACAACUACCCCAAACCAGUCGAAAUUCUCCAAGAUCUGCAGUCUGAAUUGUAUGCUCAGUCAGGUCAAUCCUGUUCGGAAGAAACCAACCGGCUUGAUGUGGUAUCUGUAGGUCUCUUGCCUUUCGAGACUGCAGUCCAGCUCCUCCAAACGUCUAUCAACAGGUAUAGCAAGUGGAUGUCCCUAGCUGAUGUUGUCAAGUUUGUUAGCAACGUGACGCGAAAUUUCUCCCAGACCUCGCCUCUGUUGAUGAAUGUACUCUGCUUACUGGCAACUCGCUAUCAUCCUGAGGUUGCUUCGCAGACAGUACAAGACAUCUACAAACACGUUAAACGCCUUGUUGCGGAUGCGGUCAUCGGGACACCUCCAGUCGCAGGUAGUGUUGUUCAGGCAUUGACAUUGCUCUGUCUCUUCAGUCCUGCUGUACAAACCGACAAGCCUCUGGACAGUUGGCAUCUCAGUGCUAGUACAGCGAACCAUGCAGUCGUCGCAUUUGGACCGAGCAAUGUCAAACAACCAGGUGCCUUCGAAGAACGCACCAUGGAGCAAUUGCGCGUGUGGAGUGGUCUCUGUCUUACUCAUCUACAAUACUCGAUUGGCAGCGGCCGACCUCUCAGCAUUUCGAUUCGACUUAUGGACGGUUGUCGCCGUCUACUGGAACAGCCUACAACAACGCCAUUCGAUACGCCAUUGAUAGCCGAGCUGCAAUUCUACAUCUGCCUCCACACAGCCCUGCAAAACCCUACAGCCACUCCCGAAUCUGCAUUCACGUCUUGGGACUUUGCAUGGAGCCGUUUUCUUGCCAGUUCGGGCCCGCCAAGGACCCUCGAGUUAUCCCACUGGUUUGGACACCUGUUGCUCCACCGUCGCAAUGCCUCUUCCCAGCAAGGUUUGUCACCUCAAGCUAUGCACGAAAAGAACAUACCAGCUUGGCGAGAAAGUGCGAAUAUUGUCUCUCAAUUCGUGCGUCACUCUUCAGACCAGGCGCUUGAUCUGCCAGAUUUCGCUUUCUUUAUUGCUUCAUACGCAGCACUAGUCCUUUGUGAAAGCGCAAUCGAUCAUCAUCUGGUCGAAAAUUUGCGAGCGUACCUCUUCAAGGUUGCAUGCGGUGAAUCGCACAUCGCAUACAAGCAUGGAUUCAUCAUACAGCGCGCACUGGAAAGAUCAACGCACGCAGAUUCAACCGGUGAAGAUGGCACAAAUAGUGGUGCCGAGGCGUUGCCUCAACUUCACACUGGUGGAACGCCUUUGCCUUCUCAAGUCAUGGGCAUGGGCGACUUUGAUGCCUUGGCUGGCUUUGACAUCUUCGGCGAGUAUUUCACCGUCGGAAGUCUUCUGUAA